CUGUUAACUGAUGAUGAUGAUGAAGGGAGGAGGAGGAGGAGGAAGAGGAGGGCUGAUGCGAGCCGAUCAGCAGCAGGUCUGAUGAUGAGGGUGACGAUGAUGAUGCUGUGAGUCAGAGAGCGGGGCGUUCAGGAUGCUCACAGCCGCCCAGCACUAGUCGAACCCCGCACAUACGCCGAGAGGAUCCACGGACACACGGUGAUUGACUGAGAAGCUUCAGAAUGCCUGAGCAGAGUAACGACUACCGUGUGGUGGUGUUUGGAGCAGGCGGGGUUGGGAAGAGUUCUCUGGUGCUGCGCUUCGUCAAAGGAACCUUCAGAGACACCUACAUCCCCACGGUGGAGGACACGUACCGACAGGUGAUCAGCUGCGACAAGAGCGUUUGCACCCUGCAGAUCACCGACACCACAGGAAGUCACCAGUUUCCCGCCAUGCAGCGUCUCUCCAUCUCCAAAGGUCACGCCUUCAUCCUGGUCUACUCUAUCACCAGCCGCCAGUCUCUGGAGGAGCUGAAGCCCAUCUACCAGCAGGUUCUGGCCAUCAAAGGCAGUGUGGAGUCCAUCCCCGUCAUGCUGGUGGGCAACAAGAGCGACGAGCUGGCCCAGCGCGAGGUGGACACCAAGGAGGGCCAGGCUCAGGCCACGGCAUGGAAAUGUGCCUUCAUGGAGACGUCAGCCAAGACGAACUCCAACGUGAAGGAACUGUUCCAAGAGCUGCUAGCCCUGGAGAAGAAGAGGGACAUGAGUCUUAGCAUCGACGGCAAACGAUCGGGGAAGCAGAAACGAGCUGACAAGCUGAAGGGGAAGUGCAGCAUCAUGUAGACAACAGAGGACUUGCAGCUGAGACUUGGACUCAAAACUUCUCUGUGGUCUGGAUGGACACUGGAGCCAGGGGAACAAUCCACUGGAAUAUUUCAGAUUUGUAUUUAUGAUGUUCCAAACUUGAUUGUCAACUUUGACCUUUACUCACAGAUGUUUACAGAUUAAAAUGUUUUUUUUGUGGAA